AUGGAUGAGAUAAAGCUUUCGUUCCCACCGGAGAGCCCACCGCUUUCGGUCAUCGUCGCCCUCUCUCUCUCAGCCUCGCCGGUGACUAUUGACUCCUCCGCCGCAACCGCCAAAUUGAGUGGGGCUUCCGUUCUUCUUCGCUACGUUGGUCGAUCCGCGAACACGGUUCCCGAUUUCUACGGCUGCAAUGCUUUUGAUUCGUCUAAGAUUGAUGAGUGGGUAGAUUACGCUUCUGUCUUCUCCUCUGGUUCAGAGUUUGAGAAUGCUUGCAAUCGUGUCGAUAAGUUCCUGGAGAGUCGGACUUUUCUUGUUGGCCAUUCUCUUUCCAUUGCUGAUGUUGCUAUUUGGUCAGCUCUCGCUGGAACCGGCCAAAGAUGGGAUAGUUUGAGGAAAUCGAAAAAGUACCCGAGUUUGGUGAGAUGGUACAAUUCCAUACUAAACGAAUACAGCGAGUCCCUCAGUGAGGUAUUAGCAACAUAUGCUGCGAAAAAGGGAUCAGGGAAGCCUGUUGCUGCACCCAAGUGCAAAGAUCAACAACAAGCUCUGAAAGCAGAUUCACAGGAUAAAGGAAAACCUGAAGUGGACUUGCCGGGUGCAGAAAUUGGUAAGGUCCGACUCCGGUUUGCUCCUGAACCGAGUGGUUAUCUUCACAUUGGACACGCCAAGGCGGCAUUGAUGAACAAGUAUUUCGCAGAGCGCUACCAAGGGGAACUGAUUCUGCGUUUUGAUGAUACUAACCCUGCAAAAGAAAGCAAUGAGUUUGUGGAUAAUCUCAUCAAGGAUGUUGGGACAUUGGGGAUCAAGUAUGAGAAAGUGACAUACACUUCUGAUUAUUUUCCUGAGCUGAUGGAAAUGGCUGAGAAACUGAUGCGUGAAGGUAAGGCAUAUGUUGACGACACACCAAAGGAACAGAUGCAGAAAGAGAGGAUGGAAGGGGUUGAUUCGAAAUGUAGGAACCAUAGCGUGGAGGAGAAUUUGAAGCUCUGGCAGGAAAUGAUUAAGGGAACUGAGAGAGGAUUACAAUGCUGUGUUCGUGGGAAAUUGGACAUGCAAGACCCUAACAAAGCCAUGCGAGACCCGGUUUAUUAUCGAUGCAAUCCUAUGUCUCACCACCGUAUCGGGGAUAAGUAUAAGAUAUAUCCAACAUAUGACUUUGCUUGCCCAUUUGUCGAUUCCCUUGAAGGUAUAACCCAUGCCCUUCGGUCUAGCGAGUAUCAUGACCGGAAUGCUCAGUAUUUCAAAGUUCAGGACGACAUGGGAAUGCAAAGGGUUCAGAUCUUUGAAUUCAGCCGGUUGAAUCUGGUUUACACUCUUCUCAGCAAGCGCAAGCUUCUCUGGUUUGUCAAUGAGAGAUUGGUUGAUGGGUGGGAUGAUCCUCGCUUCCCGACAGUCCAAGGAAUUGUUCGCAGAGGUUUGAAAAUCGAGGCUCUAAUCCAAUUCAUUCUUGAGCAGGGAGCUUCAAAGAAUCUAAAUUUAAUGGAAUGGGAUAAAAUUUGGUCUAUUAAUAAGAAAAUAGUUGAUCCUGUGUGCCCUAGACAUACAGCUGUGAUUGAUAAACGGCGUGUACUGCUGACGUUAACAAAUGGUCCUGAUGAGCCAUUUGUCCGCCUAAUACCAAAGCACAAGAAAUUUGAAGGAGCUGGAGAAAAAGCAACCACCUUCACUAAGAGCAUUUGGAUCGAGGGAGCUGAUGCUAGUGCUAUAUCUGUUGAUGAGGAAGUAACUUUGAUGGAUUGGGGAAAUGCCAUAGUGAAGGAAAUCAGCAAGGACGAUGAGGGUAAUGUUACUGCGUUAUCUGGUGUUCUGAAUCUCCAAGGAUCUGUGAAGACUACAAAGCUGAAGCUCACAUGGCUUCCUAACACUAAUGAGUUGGUCAAUCUCACAUUAACUGAGUUUGAUUAUUUGAUCACGAAGAAGAAGCUGGAAGAAGAGGAAGAUGUUAGUACGGUUGUGAAUCCUGUCACGAAGAAGGAAACAUUGGCACUCGGUGAUUCGAAUAUGAAGAGUCUCCAGCGUGGGGAUGUGAUUCAGCUUGAAAGGAAAGGUUAUUUCAGGUGUGAUGUGCCAUUUAUCAAAUCGUCAAAGCCCAUCGUCUUAUUCUCGAUUCCAGAUGGAAGGCAACAACAGACAAUUGGGUGGCUAAGUAAUCAUGAAUGA